AUCGUUUUUCGCUCUGAGGAGAAGACCGUUCCUCGUUAGCUGCGCUUUCAAUUUCUCGCCUCACUCUUUUACACCAUCCUAUCCUCCUCCUCUAAUUUUCUUUAUCUACACAGAAAACUACGUCGUUUUUUUGUUAACUUCCACACUCACAACUCAACUCUCCUCACAUGAGAUUCAAACUCAAUCCCACAACACCUCAAUCCUAAAAGUAAAAAGCUACAAAUAACAUUUUUCACCCUUUUCUUUUCCAUCACCCAUGGUUGCCGGUAAGGUUAAGGUAGCAAUGGGAUUCCAGAAGUCGCCGUCACCGGCGCAUGUUCAAACUCCUCCACCGCAGAAGAAGAAGCAACAGCCUCCUCCUUCUCCCUCCACCACGACGUCCUCCACUAAGUCUUCAUCUCACAAAUCCUCAUUCUCACGCAUCGGCAUCUAUUUCCCGCGCUCCUCCGCUCAAGUUCAGCCUCGUCCACCGGACGGGACUGAACUCCUCCGCCUCGUGGAGGAGCUCCGGGAGAGCGAGUCUCGGUUGAAGACAGAGCUUCUCGAGCACAAAUUACUUAAGGAGUCCAUCGCCAUUGUUCCAGUUCUGGAGAACGAGUUAACGGCUAGGGAAACUGAGAUUCAAAGGAGCAGAAUGAGAGCGGAAGAAGCGGAAGCAGAGAAUGAGAGGUUAACGAAGGAGUUGGAGGAAAUGAAGCUUAAAAUGGAAGAAGAGAAAAGAGAGAGUGAAAGGAAACUGAAGGCAUUGGAAGACGAAAUUGUUGUGUUGAAGAAAACGGCGUCGUAUUGCAGUAGCAACAGAACAGAGGAACACGAGCAAGAGCACUUUUCAACUUCGCUGAAGUUCCAGGGGAUUGGAGAGGUUUCGGUGAAGUCCAAUCUCAUGAAAAAUUUGAGGAAAACUAUGUCGGAUCAUGCAAUCGUGAACCCUAAGCACAAUGAAGGUGUUGAUUUGAAAAGAGAGUUUGCAGAAAUAGAAAGGCCACGUCACUCUCGGUGUAACUCGGAGGAACUCGCCGAUUGUACUGACUCAGUUCUAAAUGUUAACAUCAGAUCCCGCUUGCCGCGAGUUCCUAACCCGCCGCCGAAGCCGUCUUCUUCUUCGCCGUCGUCACCGUCAAGUGGUUCAUUAUCUAAGAACAGCAAUGGCGAAACAGAGCAAGUGAUUUCGCAGCCUCUUCAACCGGCGAAAGCAGCGCCGCCUCCGCCUCCCCCUCCGCCGCGGAAACUUGCUUCAAAAGCGGCUCCACCGCCACCGCCUCCUCCUCCGAAGGGAGGAAGAAUGGCUUCGGCAAAGGUGAGGAGGGUGCCAGAGGUGGUAGAGUUUUACCAUUCGUUGAUGCGGAGAGACUCUCAAUCACGACGGGAAUCUAGCUCCGGCGCUUCUGCGGAGGUGCCGGCGACGGCGAACGCACGUGACAUGAUCGGCGAGAUCGAGAACCGUUCAACUCACUUGUUAGCGAUAAAAACUGAUGUAGAAACACAAGGAGAUUUUAUUAGAUACUUGAUUAAACAAGUGGAGGGUGCAGCAUUUACAGACAUUGAAGACGUCGUGCCUUUUGUCAAAUGGCUUGACGACGAGCUCUCCUAUUUGGUGGAUGAAAGAGCAGUGCUAAAACACUUUGAUUGGCCAGAGCAGAAGGCUGAUGCUAUGCGUGAAGCUGCAUUUGGGUAUUGUGAUAUGAAGAAGCUAGAAUCUGAGGCUUCCUCUUUUCGCGAUGAUCCUCGUCAACUGUGUGGUCCUGCUCUUAAGAAGAUGCAAACUCUAUUUGAAAAAUUAGAACAUGGGGUUUACAAUAUCUCUAGAAUGAGAGAGUCAGCAACAAAGAGAUUCAAAGUCUUCCAAAUACCUGUAGAUUGGUUGCUCGAUAGUGGUUAUGCCAACCAGAUCAAGCUGGCAUCUGUAAAAUUGGCUAUGAAGUAUAUGAAAAGAGUCUCUGCUGAGCUUGAGACAGUUGGUGGUGGGCCUGAAGAAGAAGAACUCAUUGUCCAAGGAGUCAGAUUUGCCUUCCGGGUACAUCAGUUUGCUGGUGGUUUUGAUGCGGAUACAAUGAGGGCAUUCCAAGAAUUAAGAGAUAAAGCUAGGUCAUGUCAUGUUCAAUGUCACGGCCAGCAACAGAAAUUCUUGUGCAGGUCUGCAGCAUGCUAAUAAUGCGGGAGCAAACUCUACUCCAUGGAGAAUUAGUAUAGUAUGUAUGUAGCCCCGUUUUUCACAAGUUUGUGAAUAGAAUGGCAAUAGUAUUAGCCAUCGUGAUUCAUCCAUUCAUUAAUUGUUGGGGAGCAAAUCCGUAAACUAAUUAAUUUGCUCCUACUCUGGCGUUUGUUGCUGUUGCCAAUUAUCAGAAAAUCUAUUUUCUCUAAUCAUUCAUUCAUUUAUAAGAAACAGGACGGUGACAAACUCUAGCACAUGUUGCUGAUGUGAAUUUUCUAGAAAUGUAUGCUGUUGAGUUGAGAACUUGCUUGUUUUCAUGGUUCAAUUGCAUCAUUUUCAAAGACUAUUAUAGAAUGAUGAUUAGUUUUGUCAAAGGGCA